GAGAAUGGUGUAGAGGGCGGUCAUAGUAGUGACAGCCGCGGGAGAGUGAAGAUGGAGGCCGGUGCUCUCCCUACUUCUCUCACUGACCCCACCUCUCUCACCUCUCUCACUGACAUCCACCGAGCAUAUGACAACAUCUGUCAACACGAGGCAGCUGUUGUUGAACGUUUAGAAUGGAGUGUUGGCAAUCGACAUCACCUGGAAGCUCGCCUCUCUCAGUUAGCACGCUUGGUUCCUACCCUCCAGCUAGUCCAGGCUGAUGCACGCCAACUGGAAAACACAAUAUCAUUCACACAUCAUUUGGCUAACAACGUGUCUGCUAAAGUGCGACAGCUAGACCUUGCAAAGAGUCGAGUUGUGGAAACUCAGGCUAGAGUGGGAGACUUGUUGGACCUUGAAGGAUGUAGUGGUGGUGUUGCAACAGCACUUGCUCAAGAAGAUUAUGAGACAGCAGCAGCUCAUAUUCAUCGCUUUUUAGCAAUGGACGAGACUCUAUUAUUGCACACGACGGAUUCUGCUAGUAAAGCUGAAAGUGUGGAAACAUGGUUUGAACGAUUACGUCAAGCUGACAAGGAAUUGAGUGCCCUUAUCACACGCAAGUUUGAUGAAGCAGUCAAAAGGGAAGAUAUGGCCAGUGUAGACAGAUUCUUCAAACUUUUUCCUCUGUUGAAUAAACACGAGGAAGGGCUAAAAAAAUUCACAACCUAUCUCUGUGCUAAGAUCCAAGAAACAACAGCUCAAAAUUUAGCAUCUGCACAAACCCUGGGCUCAAGAGAAAAGAGAUCACAUGUCAUUUGGGCAGACACAAUCACCCUGUUAUUCGAAGGCAUUGCUAGAACAGUUGAAGUUCGGCAACCCAUCAUUGAAACAUAUUAUGGACCUGGUCAUUUGUCUCUUGUGAUAGAGAUGUUGCAGCGUGAAUGUGACCGCCAGGCAGGACGCAUUGUAGGGGAGAUGAGAAAACACAGGAGACUUGAGGCCACAGUGUCUUCUGUUCGUAAUUCUCUUAGUAUGAUGUCCAUCAGAUACACAGGAAGUAAAGAACUACGAGGAGACCAGCCAGAUCCACGUGAUCUGGAUACUUUAUUAGGGGAGCUGACUCUCAUCAAUGCACGAGCCGAGCUCUACCUCAGAUUCAUCCGUAGACGAGUGUCGGCUGAUUUUGAGGCUUCAAUUGUGGAUAAAGCAGAGCGCAGUAAACAGGAGGCAGCAUUUGAAGGAAAAUUGGCACGAUCUCAAAUGGUGUGUGAUAUGGCAGUUAUUGUUGCUGAUUAUACUAUUUUGGAAGAGUUUUAUCUUAAUGAAUCAUUCAAGAAGGCAUUGGCUAUGGAUACUGUGGAGGAGACGGCUAAUACUUCUUCCCUUGUUGAUGAUGCAUUUUAUAUUGUGAAGAAGAGUGUAAGGCGGGCAAUAGCAUCCAACAGUGUUGAUGGGGUGUGUGCUAUGCUGAACCAUUCUGUCACACUCAUUGAGACUCAACUGGCCGAAGGAUUUAAACUGACUCUCCGCAAAGGGUUUCCUGCUCAGGGUUAUCUUGACUUUAACCAGGCAUAUACAGUGUUGCAGUCAUCACUGCAAUCAACUCUUCAGGCUGGAAAAAUUAACUCUUCAACAGCAGACUCUGAUGCUUUAAGACAAGCAUUCUUGACAGCACUCAAUAACACUGAGACAAGCAUAAGGCACAUCAAAAGCCUGCACCAGACAUUGGAGGAUAAUAUCAACAGUGCUAUGGUGGGGCUCAGUUCAACGGCAAGAGCAAAACUUGACUCGUGCUUAAAUGAUCUAAAAUCAACUACUGGGAAACUUGCAAUAGUUGGAGAGUUUGGAAUUUCUCAGUUGAGAGCCACAGCAGUCAAACCGCGAGUGAAGCCAUGGGUUGAUACCUUCAAUACCACCUCUCAUGACAUUAAAGAGGAGGAGUUUGUGUGCUAUGAAGCUAAUGACCCCUUCAGCCAAACCCUAAUGGUUCAAGUAGAUGGUUUGCUUGGGUCAUUUUUGCCCCUGCUGACUGAGGAUAACUACAAGUCACUGGUCUCUGUACUUGUUUCUGAAGUGGCAGAACAACUGGAGAAAGCAGUUUUCAAGUCAUCAUUUAAUAGGCUAGGUGGGCUGCAGUUUGACCGUGAAGUCCGAGCUAUUGUUGGCUAUUUAUCCCAAGUUUCAGAAUGGAGUGUUCGGGAACAGCUUACACGCCUCACACAAAUGGCUACGCUUCUCAAUUUAGAAAAUUUAGAAGAAGUGUCUGAAUAUUCAAGUACCACCACAUGGAGGCUGACUCCAUCUGAGAUGAGGAAAGUCCUGCAACUCAGAGUCGACUUCAAGGCUGAAGAAAUCAAGAGACUGAAAUUAUAGGUUUUGGGUGUUAUUUUCCUCUGUAUUCUAUGUAUGCUCUUUCCUCGGGAAAGAGGGGGAAAUUAAAAAAGAAAUUAGGGUGUGUUCACUGUUGGAAUUGAAUGCAGUAACUAUUUAUUUUACAUAAUUAUUAGGACAAAAAAAAAAGUUAAAUUUGUUAAGAGCAUCAAGGAAAAGCUAAGUAGCAAUUGUCAAAACAAGUAACACUAAAUGGGACACUCUGAAGUAGAAUUAUAAUCUUUUCUAAUUUAUUGGCUGUUGAUUUCAUUAUUUUAAGUACCUUUUAAAAUGAUAGAGUGCAAUAUAUUGACAGGAUGGGUUAUCAUUACAUAUUUGUUAGAAGUGUGUAUGGUAAUUAAAAGUGAAAAUCUUAAAUAUUACAAGGUAUGUUUCAUUUGAGUCAUAAAGUCUACUUAAGUAAA